GCCGCAGCCGGGCCGAUACUCAAAGUCCCGCACCGCUUCCUAUUCAUCGCCUCGAUCGGGAACCGAUUCCCCCAGCAUUACCGCCAAACCCGGCACAGCGCGGGGCACAUCCUGCUGGAUGCGCUUCUGCCGCUCCUGCGCGCGCGGGUGCCCCAUACAGGCCGCGGGGGCGGGCGGCCCUACUUCUACGAGACCUUCGAGUCGCCGGCCAUGAUGAACGUCUCCGGCGGGAAAGUUGUGCCAGCGUUCAGCACGUGGAUGAAGAAGUUCCCCAGCGCCGGGGUCAACCACCAGCAGCUGGCCGAGCGCGGGGAGCUGACGAUCCCGGACGCGAGCCUGCCCCUGCCGGCCCCAGGGCGGCAGCUGCCCGAGUGGGAGCGCCGGGGCACCGAUCCGCGCAACGUGCGCGACUUCAAACCGACCCUGGUCAUCCUGCACGAUGAGCUGGAGGCGCCGCUGGGGAAGGUCAAGGUCCGCCGCGGGGGUCCGAAUGAGGCCAGCCUGCGCGGCCACAAUGGCCUCCAGAACAUCUUCGACGUCCUGCGCUCCAAGAAACACUACCCGGCCAAGUCGGCGACAAGCCCGAGGGUGAUGCGCGUCGGCGUGGGCAUCGGUCGCCCCAAGGAGAGAACGUCCGAGGCCGUCUCGAAAUAUGUCCUGGGCAAGAUGUCCCAGACGGAGUUGGAUGCCAUUGCCGCCGCGGCGGGUCGCGUCAUGGAUCUCCUGGCCGACGAGUUUUACCGGUCGGACGAUGAG